UGAAACAAUGACAGUAUCUUGCUUAAUACCUUCUGGCACUUCAAGAGUUGUGAGGAUGCAUGCUUCCUGCAUUUGUAUUUCUGUUUAUUGCAGUCUCCAGCAGGAACUGAGCACGCAGACAAUGAAGUUCCGCUUAUGACUCUGGUUUCGUUUUCAAGUACUGUCAGUGCUGUGUGGUGCAGCUUCCACCACGCACAGUGUGCGUGCUUCGUGCUGCCCUGUGCAGGGGCUGCAGUGGAACCAAGCCCCUGAGCUAUUGCAUCGCGCUGCUGUGAGAAAAGCUUCUGGAGGAAUACUGAAGAAUUGAAUAGUAACCAGGAGUGAAAAAAUACAAUGGACGCAGACUUCUUAAAUGCGUUUACACAGCCUGCUGCCCUUAAUCAAUUCCUCGUUGAGAAUGUCAUCACUCCAGGAGAGAAGAGGAAACUCAUAAAACCCACCUCAAGCAACAAUCCCAAAUUGGAGGAAUUAAAACUGCUGCUGAUUGACUGGAUUAACACGACUCUGAAAGAGGAGCACAUAGUAGUUAAAAGUUUGGAAGAAGAUCUGUAUGAUGGGCUGGUACUUCAUCAUCUCUUGGAAAAUCUAGGAUCUCUCAAGCUGGAUGUUGACAAGAUAGCAUUAACAGAAAAAAAACAGCGUCAGAAACUCUCUGUGAUUCUGGAAGCUGUGGCUAAGUGUUUGCAACUGGAAGAAAGUCAGCUGAAAUGGAGUGUGGAAGCUAUUUUAGCAAAGGACUUACUGAGCACACUGCAUCUUCUGGUCGCAAUAGCAAAGCACUUCCAACCCAGUCUGGCUUUUCCUCCAAAUGUUCAUGUGGAAACAAUCACUAUUGAGAACACCUCCAAAGGAUUAAAGACAGCAAAUGGGGUGGAAUAUAUCACAGGAAGCAAAGAGAAUUCAGAAGAGCAGUCAACGGAUGAUGCCUUUGAUGAAUUAUUUAGCCGUGCUCCUGAAAGACUGGAUGAUGUAAAAAAGGUGUUUUUGCAAUUCGUCAACCAGCAUGUUGGAAAAUUGGGAUUAAAUGUGAAAGACAUGGAAUCUCAGUUUGCAGAUGGAGUUAUUUUACUUCUGUUAAUUGGACAACUAGAAGGUUAUUUUCUGAAUUUAAGGGAUUUCUUUCUGACUCCAGCUAGCACCACAGAGAUGCUUCACAAUGUUAACCUUGCAUUGGACUUGCUAACGGAUGGAGGUCUUCUCAAUUUUUCUGUGAACUCUGAAGAUAUUGUGAAAGGAGAUCUGAAGACUACAAUGCGGGUUCUGUACUGCUUGUAUUCCAAAUACAAGGCUAAAGAAACGUGAAGAGCAAGGCCAAGAGCUUACAUUGCCUCUUUUUCUUCUUUUUCCCUUUCUUUCCUUUUCUUCUUUUUUUGUGCUAGCAUGUCGUGGUCUGGCUUUUGAACUCCUAGCUCUGUUUGCCACUGUAUAUGCAUGCACUUGUGUGUGACACUUGCUGUAUUAACACUGCAUUUGCAAGUAUUUGCAAGUAUUUGUGCAAAGUUUUACAUACAUGGCCUGAAUAACUGGAAGUAUGUGCAUGUCCAGGGCCAGUGAAUUGUGUAAUUCUGUGACUGGAGCAAGAGUUUGUUCUUACUGAGAUCUCCUGAUGCUGCAAAGAAGUGUAACGCAUGCUUGUUUGAGACUCUGGAUUCUUUGCUUCCAAAGAUGAAUGUGGAACUGUUAUUGCAACCUCCCCGCUUUUUUGCUUCUUGUUCAGUCUGAAGAGGGAGAAGGCCCACCAUGGCAUCUCUGGGAAGGUUACAGAUACUACAGAAGUUCAGUUUACACAAGUGGUCACCCGUUGUCAGAUGGAGCAUGUGCACCAGACACCGAAAGAAUAAGUAGCCAAAAUGAAGUUGGCAUUUACCAUAGCAUUUGAUGAAAGUCUCAUCACUUGCCUUCUCCAAUCUGGAAAAGGAACCAAGGAUCACAUGCAGCCAUGAGACGGCAGUAACCAGAGGGAUCUCCUGCAUAGCUAUGGAAGAAUGCCAUGGUUUCCUUGACAAGCUAAUGCCAAACGGGACAACUCCAGCCUGUUGCAGCCCUAAUGUAAUGUGUCACUGGUGGGAGUGCUAAUUGCCACACCAGGCACUUUACAGAAGAGACUGACAUGACUGCAUUUCCCUCCAGACAGAGGUGGCAGGUGCUGGCCAAUUCUACAGCUGGUAGAAGUAGAGACCAUCAUGGAUGUGUGGAAUAAAACUCUCAGUUUCUGCCACUUCCAACAGCUUGCUGGGGGCUUUCAAACUCCUCUGGGAUCCUCUUAGCAGUGUUUGCCUGACAACAGUCCCCACGCAUCCCAGCAGGAUCCUCUGCAUGCAGCCUGCUAACCACAAAUCAUGUGAACCGUAACCCUUCUCUUCCUCUGGUGUUUUAAAUCAGAACUCUUUCAAAAUCUCCGUCUGCUCCCUUAACCUUAAAGUUAUGUCAUGUUUGUAUUGCGUAAAGCUCGAGAUGUAAUUAAAAGAAAGUUUUGAUAUUA